AUGGCAUGGAAGAGCAGUGUCAUAAUGCAAAUGGGAAGAUUUCUUCUCUUAGUAAUUUUAUUUCUGCCACGUGAGAUGACAAGUUCUGUUUUAACUGUGAAUGGUAAAACUGAGAACUAUAUCCUGGAUACUACACCUGGCUCCCAAGCAUCUCUGAUAUGUGCUGUUCAAAACCACACCAGAGAGGAAGAACUGCUCUGGUACCGAGAGGAGGGGAGAGUGGAUUUGAAAUCUGGAAACAAAAUCAAUUCCAGCUCUGUCUGUGUCUCUUCCAUCAGUGAAAAUGACAACGGAAUCAGCUUUACCUGCAGGCUGGGGAGGGAUCAGUCCGUGUCCAUUUCGGUGGUGCUGAAUGUUACUUUUCCUCCUCUCCUAAGUGGAAACGACUUCCAAACAGUUGAGGAAGGCAGUAAUGUGAAGUUGGUUUGCAGUGUGAAAGCCAACCCCCAGGCUCAAAUGAUGUGGUACAAAAACAGUAGUCUCCUCGAUUUAGAGAAAAGCCAUCACCAAAUCCAACAGACAAGUGAGUCUUUUCAGCUGUCAAUCAUCAAAGUCGAGAAGUCUGACAACGGAACCUACAGUUGUAUUGCAAAGUCAUCUCUGAAAACGGAGAGCUUGGACUUUCACCUGAUUGUUAAAGAUAAAACUGUGGGUGUACCAAUAGAGCCCAUUAUUGCUGCAUGUGUUGUGAUCUUUCUGACAUUGUGCUUUGGACUGAUUGCUAGAAGAAAGAAAAUAAUGAAGCUCUGCAUGAAGGAUAAAGACCCUAACAGUGAAACAGCUCUGUAA